AUGCUGCCAUCAACUUGUCGGGGUAAAUCUGUCUGCACGAAGAAAAUAUUCACUGGUCGAUUUCUUAUUUUUUGUUUAUUAACACUUACUACUGUCGUCUACGGUCUUAUCCUUUUAAUAAAGCCCAACAUACUGAGCUCAUUUAAAACUGCGACAAACAUAAACUGCGGCUCUAGCUGUUGUUUGGCUUCUACCAAAAAGUAUUUUUGUGGAAGUUCAAACGUAACCAAUGGAUCCUCUGCAUGUCCAAAUUCUCGUCUUGAUAAUAUUGAUUUCAAAAAUAACGAAAUCAAUUCUCAGAGGGACGAGGAAAGAGCUUUCUUCUUAGAAACAUCAGGAAGUGGAACCCUAAACUUUCGACAGGCUUGUUCUGUGGAGUCUCUUGCUUUGCAUAAUACAAAUUUGACUGUUAACGUGCUUUUUGUGGGAAGAAAAGAUAACACAAGUUUGAUCUUGCAAACGCUGAAAGAGAAUUACAACAAUAUUAACUUCAUCAGAAUAAAUUUGGAUAACUACAUUGCCAGGACACCUCUGGAGAACUGGUAUCUUGGCAAUGAAUGGAAUACGGGACCUUUUAAAGUUUCUCAUCUCAGCGAUGGGCUCCGUUUUCUGACUCUCUAUAAGUACGGAGGCUACUAUUUUGAUCUCGACGUAAUAUCGGUGAAUACUGUAACGUAUUAUCGUAACUUUGUCGUCGCGGAAGAUGAUGAUUAUCUUGGCAGUAGCGUGAUGCAUGCUGACUUCAAAAAUCCUCUCAUGCAAUUAGCCAUCCAAGAUUUCGUUGCUAACUACAGGUCAGAUGACGCAGGAUACAACGGACCAGGUCUAUUGUUGCGUGUUUUAAAAAAAUUGUGCAACGUUCUAGAUGUACAGUCGAUGGAUUAUAUUUCUUGCCGUGGGAUUAAUGUACUCCAUUAUUCUUCGUUUUAUCCAGUGCAUUGCUCUGAAACAGAAGAACUUUUAAUUCAUAGAUGGCCAAAUGAAACAGCAAAGCCAACUUGGCUAACUCAAAAAGUCAUUGGUGUUCACACAUGGAAUAGAUUAACUUAUAACAAACCAAUCUAUAAGAAAUCAACGCAGUAUUACAGUUGGUUGACUAGGGUUAACUGCCCUUUGAUCUUUGGCAUCGCAGAUGAUGUAUUUUAAAAUAUACAUUUAAAUCGGUGUGCUGAAAUAUUUCUUUUUGUUUUAGCGUGAGAAAAUCGAACA